AUGUACCCCUCUAGCGAUAGCCUUGUGGACCAGCCCUGUGUCAAGGACAUGGUCGUCACUGCUUGUGACAAAACCGAUGGUGGUCUCAAUGACCAACAACCUGACUUUGUUGUCAGUCCGAACUCGUGGACCCGGCGUAAAGGUGUCGGCACUCUUGAAUUGAAGAAUACCUUCAUAUCACUGCGGCUCUUGGACCCUGUUGAAGGAGUAAUUGGCGCUGACUCGGACGAGGAGAGUCCUCUAGAACUCAUCCAUCAUGCCUCUAAUCCUGUCUGUGCAUUCGAGCAUACACGAAGCUGGCCAACACAGUACAAUUCGGCCUAUCGCAGAGAGAGGAGUUGUCCUGCAGCUCUAAAGGGUGGAGUCUGUGAACUUGUCAACGACUCUAGCCCUGAAUGCGCCAUUGACGGGGCUUCCUUGACACCCUCUGGUGUGAAGAUGAGCAAGACUAUGAAUCAAACUUUGUCCUAUUCGCCUACCCGUACUGGUCGCGUUAAUGGCCUCGACUACAACUACCGGAGUCGCCGUUCGUCACGUGGUCUUGUGACCGGUUCUCGAGCCAAUAAUAACGAUCGAGUUAACUCCAGCAGUCUUAUAGGGAAUAGUAAUGGCCCGCCGUCAUCAACAGAUACUCGGUCCACUGUGAUGCUGCGGAAUAUUCCCUAUUCUAUGGGCCAGAUGAGAGUUUUAGAUGCCCUACUGUCUAUGGGAUUUCAGUCCAAAAUAGAUUUUUUCUACGCCCCUUUGGAUUUUUCGUCGGGGAACAAUCUCGGAUACGCAUUUAUCAAUCUGCGUAGACCUGAGUAUGUCGACGAAUUUUACAAUAAGUUCAACGAUGUGUCCCUGUCGCAUUUGGGUGAAGCAUGGUGCGUGAAGCGGCUGAAAGAUUUGAAGCCAAUGUUGCACACUAUCAUAACUCACCUGUUAUCGACAUGCCAGAGAGUUACCGUCCUAUCGUCGUCAACGACGAUGGCAGCAGAGUCUCUUUGCAUCACCAUCACCAUCGCCAACAACAAGACCAAGAGAUCUCGCUCAACCUGA